AUGGCGCAGGCCGUCCUUGGUCUUCGCACCAUGCGUCGCCCCCCCGGCAUGAGAACGCCAGUCGGCGGCACCGCCGCGCCGCAGCAGCUCGCUCGCACGGCUCCUGCGUGGCACCUGGGGCUCCAGGGCAACGUCGGAUGCCACUCCUCACCCCUGGACGGUGCCGCGGGCGAGUGGGAGAGGCCCACCUCCGUGGGGACGCCCGAGAGGUUCGCUUCCCAGGGCUCCGCGUCGACGGCCAGCGACAUGCCGCUGACGGCGCCGCCAGGGCGGUGGGCCGUCGGCUCCGAGGCGGGCGCUGCGCCCACGGUGCCGCGGGCUGGGUGCUGGGGCUGCCCGCAGUCGCCGACGCGCUGCCAACUGGACCCCGUGCCGGGCGGCCUGGCUAUGCCCGGCCGCCGCGCCGCGGCGCCGUCGGACCCCCUCAGCAGCCAUGCCGAGAAUGAGUGUCCAGUCGGGCAUGUCCCUCGACAGGAAUGA